AUGCCCAUCAGCAACUUCCCGUUCCGCCAUGGACUACGGCGCCUGCAUCAUCCAAGGCUGGACCAGUCUAUCGACGCCAUCAUCUACGUCACGGUGGUGUUUGUGCUGUUCGCCGCCAUCAUCUUACUGCUGGUUAGCACGAACUGCCGCCGGCUGCAGGCUACAGCGACACCGGAGCCGACGCAGAGUCCCGCCAAGGUGCAGCAGACGAUAGUACGCUUCAAGGAGAGCAAGGCGCGCGUCUGCACCGAGAUGCUGCCUCAUGACGUCGUCUGAGAGGGAGGGAUGCCGGGGAGGAUGAAGAGCACACAAAUUGUCGUGCCGAAGUAGGGAUAACGACUUGACCAGCCAACACAGCAGUGGGCGAUGCUGAAAUGCUUCAGAAGCUAACGUCGAGAUGAAAGAGAAGCCUCAUCAUGAAGUACUAGUGCUAACCGGAAAGAAAGGGGCUUCUGGACGUCUAAACACCCGAUAAUUAUUCGACAGUACGUCGAUGUCCUGCUGUCGCGCAACACGUGUAUUCAUACUAGAAGUUGAGCUAGUGUUUCGAGUGUGAGUGUUGAGCUGUUUGUUAUUCGUUACGAGGUAACCUGUUGUAGCUCGCUUGUCUGUAUGAUGUCUGAGGCGAAAGGAAUCGUGUGAGUGAUAUUUUGUGAGCGCCAAUAAGUGAAUGGACAAAGAAUGGUGUAAAUGAAAGUAGUGUUUAUCCG